AUGGUGAUCAAAGUUAGCUAUGGUGUUUCAGUUUUUCGACUUACUUGAAACAAUGGAGGAUCAAAGUCAAAAUUCCAGUGAACAAUUUUGGGUAAAUAAAUCAACCGAGGUGAUUUUGUAUCCAGAUUUGUUUCCAGAUGAACCACCAUCAUUGGAAGCGGAAAUAAUCCGUGGAACUAAAGAAUUGAAAAAACGUCGAAAAUCCCACAAACAAGUUCAAUUAUCUAGGAAAAAAGCUGCAAGAAAAGAAACGCCAAAAGUGAUGAAAUUGAUUUUCCCCCGACCUCCAAAAUUCCGUGGCUGCCGACACAAUGAAAAUAUCAUUAUUGACAGAGACAUUCUUAAACCAAGUGAACAUAUUCGGUUGUUAGCGAAGCCUCGGGUGAAGCCUCCACCUCAAUACGCCCGGUUUGUUAUUAAAACUAUUCCGGCCCCAACUAAUCAAAUCAAAACUCUCGCUCAACCGAAACCGUGUCGCGUGCAACAUACAAUCACUCAUCACGGAAAUCAUCUCAAACCAGAGCAACUGGAACGAAUGAAUCAACAUUUGAAUGCCCGAGAUUAUCUCACGCUGAGUGAAUCACGUAAAUAUGCUCGCCAGCAACGACGUGAUGAAAAGAUGUGGCUCCGGCAUCGUCAGAGACAGGCUCGCAUGCUGAAAAGUCGAAUAAUACGUCUAGAAUUGGGCUACCUCAGAGAUAUUAUGGGAACGGUUUACCGUAAAACAAGGGAUUAUUUCUUAAGCGAAGAAAAUUCAAAGCUAGAGAAUGAGUUAUCGCUUGCUUCGGAAGUGAUACUAGUUCGAUUAUGUAACUUAAUUGCCGUUGAUGUUCCUCAACGUGAUAGUGAAAACAUCCUGGAUAAAUAUUACUGCGAGAUGGCCGACAAAUUGGCCCUAUGGAUGUGGAGAAUCAUGCAAUCCUGUGCAAUGACUUUCGAACGGCCGGAAGACGUUGAGAAGCGACUUUCUGCAGCAUCGAGUGUAUUCGAAGAUCCUACCGGGUUACGAGAGGCAGAUGAAGUGGAGGAAAUCGUUGAAGAAGAAAUCUUGGUCGUCGAUGAAGCCACCCGAGACGUAGCGAUGGGUAUGUUGGAAAUUUGCUUAACAACUGCACUGCUAGCGGUGCACGAAAUGGAAAGCCAGAAUACUGACAGUCUGCCGUAUGAUGUUCCCGAUGGACACAGUGUAUCCCAAACGGUAGUAAUUUGUGUACCAAGUCAAGAAACGGCGAAUAUCGACCGAGAAAAAGGUUCCAAGGUAAACUUUAUGCCGCGGAAAUCAGCAGCUGUGGAGUAAUAAUACUGAAUAAAAAUCAAUCACGAUUUGGACAAAUAAAUUUGUUACAACCUAGUUGUUUUCAGUUUUAAAGUGAACACGCCUUACUUUCCCAUGGGGCGCCUUUCCCAAAUUAGCCCUAUUUUUUCUCUAUAUCAUAGAAAAUAUGAUCAGUAAUUUAUGAUAAUGGCGCCAUUGUAGUAUCUCUAUCGGUUUCAGUGUUACAUCUAUUUUAAUAUAAC